UUCUUUUUUUCUUUUCGAAUAUUCUAAAAUAGUAUUAUAGACAUGAAUCAACUAUAAAUAGUGUACAUUGUACACGGUGGAUAAAAGAGAAAUGCUUACAAGAGAACCGUCGUUUUUCGUCCUUAGAAACUCCCACCACACCGUUCAGAGAAAUAAGAAAGUACAAGCAGUGUUGCCUUAACUGGUUUUCACUGUAAGGUAACAACUUGACGUAGUAUGGGUUAAGCUAUAAGUUAGUUAAAAAAUGGUUUAAAUAUUAUUUUAAAACAAAAAGAUGUGGUGGAUACUUUUGUUAAGCUAUAUUACUGUUGGAUAUUCAUUACGACUCACGGCGUACAUUUCAUCUGGCGGGCUUCAUGGAGAAAUUCGAUUUGAAAAGGCUACGGAAACGUCCGUGAGAAUCCGAUUUUCGCUUCAAGCAACUCUUCAAUAUCCUGACCAACAAUGGUUUUGGUCAGUUACUCAAUUUCCUGUCGAUUAUACGCUUAUAAAUGACAGAUGCGACAGGCAACAUCUCGGAGAGAGUAUUAUUGAUUUGACGGAUCUUGUUGGACCACUCGAUAUGCCUGGAAAUGAAACAGGAUCGGUAGAAGUUUCAAACAUAAGUUUAACUGGAGAAAUGGGCUUGUGGGGCAAAGGUCUACUACUUAAGGAUACAUAUUCAGAUAGGACUAUUUGUGCCUCGAUUACGGUACUCGAGAAAAAUGUUGAAAAGUUUGCGAAAGCGCAUUUUUAUGGAAAUAUAGGAGGAACCAUUUGGUUCCGAUGGUUGGGCGGUCAUGCAGGUGAUAAUACUAGCGAUACAAUUAUUUAUGCAGAUUUAUAUCACGUAAAUAAUAAAAAAUUACAAGAUGUUGAUUAUACAGAGCAUAACUGGAAAAUUUAUGUAACCGAUAUUUUUGAUAUUAGCAAAGAUAAAUCCAGUUGCAAUAUUUUGCAAACUGUGUUUGAUCCUGAUAAUGCAGGAAAUGGAGAAGGUAUUGGCGACAUCGAUGUACGCUUAGGUAAAAUAAAAGUGGCUACAAAUCAUCAUAAAAGAUAUAAAACUCUGUACAGAGAUUCAAAUCUAUCGCUGCUUCCUGCUGAUUUGCUUGGCCCUCAUCGCCUAUUAUAUUUGGUAAUUUUUCACCCAACACACGAUGAUUCGUUUUUGGUUUGUGCGAAGAUUAAUCACCGAAAAGCUAUUCUCGCCAAGACUAUGGUUAACACUAAUGGUAUUAAAGGAGAAGUAUCGCUAACUCAAAUAACUCCAUUCGAUCCAACAUGGGUUAAUAUAUCCUUAACGCCAAUUAAUGAUUUGGAAACAAGACUACGUUAUGCUACUAAAAUAAAGUCAUAUAGGAUUCAUGAAUUACCUCCAGAACCAAAUGCUUUAGGUAAAACUACUGAAAUGUGUGAAACAACUAAAAAAAUGUAUAAUCCAAGUAAUAUUGAUGAAACAACUGCACCACCAGCAGGACUUGGAACGCAGGACCAAUAUGCCAUUGGUGAUCUUUCUGGGAAACUUCAAGGUCGUAAAGAAGGAUCGUAUCAUUAUGAUAUUUUAGCAGGAAGUGCUAAACUCAAUGGAAUCUAUUGGGAUACAUAUCUUCCACUUUCAGGAGUAUAUAGUGUAAUUCAUCGUGGUCUUGUACUUCACAAAUAUAAUGAAACUGAUAAUAAGGGUAUUAUACCAUGGAUUUGUGGAACUUUGAGUCUAUAUUUACCAGAUAAUACUGGACAAAUGCCAAUAUUAACUGCACAAGUAGUGUACAGAUACCCUAUUGUUGGUAGAAUCAUUUUUCGCCAACCAAAGAAUGAUCCUCAAAUGGAUACUACUAUUAUGAUUGAAAACUUAGUACAUGCAGAUGGUAAUGCUUUAAACAAUUCUGCGGACCACAGAUGGAUGAUCCAUGACAAUCCACCAGGAAAAGAUUAUUAUAAUUGGACCGGGAGAUGUUUGAGUACUGGAGAACCUUACAAUCCUUAUAAAGUAGAAUGGGAUGCAAAACAGUCUGAAUAUUGUUCAUUAUUAAAAAUAACAUCAUGCCGUGUAGGUGAUUUAACAAGACAUGGUACAAUUGACAUUGCUGGUAGAAAACAAUAUGGAGCUUUGCUAACACGUAAACUUUUUACUGAUACAAUGAUAUCUUUAUCGGGACCUAAUAAUAUAUUAGGAAAAAGUUUAGUAAUAUAUGAUGAUCAUGGACCACUUGCUCGAGGAGAAAGAUUAGCAUGCUCAAUAAUUAGUGAAACCUAUCGUCGCAAAGCUGUGGCAAAAGAUUGGUUUGGAAAUGGGGAAAAUAUCUUAUUAAGGGGAAAAUUAGAAUUCAUACAACAAACUGAAUAUGAUAUCACAAAUGUUGAAGUAAAUCUUGAUGGUCUUGAUGGCAAAAUGCAGGGAUAUCACAUACAUAUGACUCCAAUAGAACAAGACUUAGAAUUUCCAUGUGAGGGUACAUCUUUAUAUGAAACUUGGAAUCCAUUAAAUGUUAGUACAAGUAAUAUAUUACAUCCUACUGAAGGAACAACUGAUCAAUAUAAAAUGGGUGACCUUAGUGGAAAAUUUGGAACUUUAGAAAACAGGAAAAGGUAUAUGUCAGCUUUCAAUGAUACAAUGCUUCCUUUGUUUGGACCAAAAAGUAUAUUGGGUCGAAGCAUUGUAAUUCACAAAAAAGAGAAAAAUUUAAGAUGGGCUUGUACAAGUAUAGAAAGAGGAUAUUCACCAUCUGAAGCAAGUGAACUUAGAGCAAUCGCUUCUUUCCAUCAUCCACAAGGAUUUGCAUAUGGUUACAUACGAAUGACACAACUUGUACAUCGAGAUGGUGGCCAAAGUGAAACAAUAAUUGAAGUAAAAUUACGACAUCCUGGUAAACAUGAUCGCAACAUUACAAGAAACCACAAUUGGGCAAUAUAUGUAAACCCUGUUGGUGUAGAUGCAGCUGUUAAAGUAAAAGACACUAGAUGUGUGGCAGGUGGAUAUAUGUGGAAUCCCUACUUUACCCAGUUAGCUGACCCACUAAAUGAUGAUUUAUAUAAACAAGAAUGUGGACCUGAUUUACCAUUAAGAUGUUAUGUGGGUGAUAUAUCAGGUCGACUAGGUCCUAUUAAUAUAGGACUGAAAAGACAAGUUUUUACAGAUUCCAACUUUCCUUUAGCAGGACCUGUAUCUGCAAUGGGAAGAUCCAUUGUUAUUUUUGACCAAAAUUUUGGAAGUAACAGAUUUGCUUGUGCUAAUAUUGAACCAGAUAAUGAUAUUGUAAAGUACACAAAUAUAAGAAAACCACCUCGCUUUGUAGUAGCACAAUUUUUAGAAGAUGUAAGAAAAGUUAUGGGUAUUCCUGAAUGGAUGUUAUCAAUAGAUACUAGAAAAACUAAAAUUUUACACAAUGGAGCAUGUAUACAAUUCUUACUACAUUUUAAAGGCCCAAUUGCUAAUAAAUUAGAAUUGGAUUUUAAUAAACUUAUAUCUACUGGAAAAUUAGAUGCACCUAGUUUAUAUAUUCAUGGAUAUGUUCCCACAAAACGGAAAACAACUUCAGGUUAUCGUCAAUGUGGAAGUCGAGACCCAAAUGAUAAAAACUUUAAUCUAUUGCUUCAAAAUGUAUCUUCAUUACUGUUACCAGAAUUUAUUAUAAUUGUUGUAACAUUUACCAUUAUCAACAUUAUUUAACAAAUAUGAAAUU